AGACCAGUCUCCUUCUGCUAAAGUCUUCUCGAUCUACAACCAUCCUCACCCAUUUCUUUCACCUAGUCUCUCUCUAAUCUCACUAAAUCUACACUUCUCGAUCUCAGUCUCGUCCUCAGUCUCAUCCUUGCUUGCUUCUCGAUCUUGUUAUAGUUUCUGUUCAAGUACUGCGGCUACGUGAUUCUCAUAUUUUAACACUGAACCGCAACUUCAAAUUGACCCCAAACUCAGGUUAAAGCUCCAUUAAUUUCUCCUUAUUUACGUUGUUUUGCUAUAUAUCUACUAAUCCAUUCGUUUCAGUAUAAUAUUUGGCGUUUAUUUUUUUUCCUAGUAUUUUAUGCAGCUCUACUGAUGAUUUUUUUUUGUAAAAGAGGCUUUAAUGCCAAUUGUUUAUGAAUUUCUAUUCAAAAUUACUUGUGAUCAAAUUAGUUUCCCACCAAAAAGCAAAGCAACUAAUGUUUAUCGCUUCAUACUCGAUUCGUUUAUUAGAAUGAACGUUCAUAUAUAGUGGAUUUACAAGGAAAUCCAUCAUUGUUUCUAUUUUCUAAGCAGCAGGACAGUAGGUUCAAUUGGAAAUGAGCACAGAGAGCUCUUCACCUCCUCGGUGGAAAUAUGAUGUCUUUUUGAGUUUUAGAGGUGAGGAUACUCGAAAGGGUUUUACAGACCAUUUAUACACUGCAUUGGAUCAUCAAGGAAUCACAACUUUCAGGGAUGAUCCUGAACUUCACAAAGGGGAAGCUAUUUCUCCAGCACUUUCUGCUGCAAUUGAAGAAUCAAGAUUUGCCCUCAUUGUUCUCUCACAAAAUUAUGCAUCGUCAACGUGGUGCUUGGAUGAACUUGUGAGAAUUCUUGAAUGCAUGAAAGCAAGAAAAACUGUGCUGCCAAUUUUCUAUGAUGUUGAUCCCUCUGAUGUACGAAAGCAAACAGGGAGUUAUAGAGAAGCCUUUGCUAAUCAUGAAGAAAGGUUUAGGAAUGACGAAGAGAAAGUGCGGAGGUGGAGAUAUGCUUUAACAGAAGCGGCUAGUUUCUCAGGGUGGAAUUCAGAGGAAUGGUAUGAAUCAAAGCUCAUAAGAGAUAUUGUUGAAGUUAUAUGGACAAAAUUGCAACCUGCAUCAUUCAGUUAUGCAGAAAAUCUAGUUGGAAUUUACUCAAGAUUGCAGCCGCUCAAUUUGCUUUUAGGUGCAGGGGUGGAUGACGUCCGCUUCAUUGGUAUAUGGGGAAUGGGCGGGAUUGGUAAGACUACUAUGGUAAGAGCGGUGUAUGAGAGAAUCUCUCGUGAAUUUGAAUUUAGUUUCCUUCUUACCGAUAUUAGAGACUCCGUUGAAAAAAGUGGUUUACUUAAUCUACAAAAGCACCUUCUCUCUGGGAUUUGGACAAAAAAGGCCGACAUUUUAGACCUUCAUGAAGGAGCCACCAUAAUAAGGAGGUUGUUAGGUCACAAGAAAGUUCUUCUCAUUCUUGAUGAUGUGAUCCAUUCAAGCCAUUUGAAAUAUUUGGCAGGAAACCAAGAUUGGUUUGGUUCAGGGAGUAGAGUUCUCAUUACAACUAGAAAUGAGCAUUUAUUGAUCGAACAUGGAGUCGAGAGAAGAUUGAAGGUUGAGGAAUUUAAUGAUGAGGAUUCUCUUCAGCUUUUCAGCUGGAAAGCAUUCAAAAGAGGUUACCCUGAAGAGGAUUUUCUUGAUCUGUCUAAAUCUGUCAUAAAUUAUGCCAAAGGUCUCCCUUUAGCUCUUGAAGUACUGGGCUCUUUUUUGCAUGGAAGAGAUCUAAGUGAAUGGAACAGUGCAUUGAGAAAACUAGGAAGAGUCUGUAACUUGGAAAUUUUUGACAUACUUAAAACAAGUUAUGAUGGUCUAGAUGAUGAAGAGAAGACAAUAUUCCUAGACAUUUCAUGCUUUUUUUGCGGAAAGAAAAAAGAUCGAGUAACAGAAAUACUGAUAAGUUGCGAUGUUUCUGCAAUUAUUGGAAUAAAAGUCCUUAUUGAAAGAUCUCUUUUGACUGUUUCAUAUGGAAGACUACAGAUGCACGAUUUGCUGCAAGAAAUGGGUCGGGAAAUUGUCCGUCGGGAAUCUACUAAGGAGCCAGGCAGGCGCAGCAGGUUAUGGCUUCCAGAAGAUGUCAAACAUGUCUUGACCAAAAAUACUGGAACAGAAGAAAUAGAAGGCAUUGUUCUGCACUCAACUGAGGCUGGAGUAAAGGUGGACGUGAAUGCUAAAUCCUUUUCAAUGAUGAAUAGAUUGAGAUAUCUUGUCAUUAAGAAUGUGAACCUAUCGAAUGGGCUUGAAUGUCUUCCCAAUAGUUUACGGAUUCUUAACUGGACCGGGUAUCCCUUGAAAUCUCUCCCAACACAUUUCAACCCUGAGAAGCUACUAGAACUUAACUUGUGCCAUAGUUGCAUUGAACAUUUUCCGUUGGAAAUAGAGCCUUUAUACAAUUUGAAAACUAUUAAACUCAGUGACUCUUUGAAUCUUGUCAACACCCCAAACUUUAAAGGUAUGCCACAUCUUGAGGUUCUGUUUCUAGAAGGUUGUACAAGAUUAUAUGAGGUUGACCCAGGAGUUGAAGUGCUCAAAAAACUUACGAUGCUGAACUUAAAAAAUUGCAAGAAUCUCGUGCAUUUUGCAAGCAGUGUACGUGGCUUAAAAUCUCUCAAAGUUCUUAAUCUUUAUGGUUGCUCAAAGCUCAAAAAGCUACCAAAUGACAUGGGUCAUUUACAAAGUUUGGUCGAGGUUGAUGUGAGUGGAACUUCUAUACGAGAACUACCGUGCUCUAUCGGCAUGCUUGAAGGACUUGUUUCUAUGUCCUUGAGAGAUUGCAAACAUCUGGUGUGUCUUCCAAGCAGUGUAGGUGGCUUAAAAUGUCUCAAAGAUCUCAAUCUUUCUGGUUGCUCAAAGCUCAAAAAACUACCGAAUGACAUGGGUCAUUUAGCAAGUUUGGUCGAGGUUGAUGUGAGUGGAACUUCUAUAAUAGAACUACCUUGCUCUAUUGACAUGCUUGAAGGACUUGUUUCUAUGUCCUUGAGAGAUUGCAAACAUCUGGUCUGUCUUCCAAGCAGUGUAGGUAGAUUAAAAUGUCUCAAAGAUCUUAAUCUUUCUGGUUGCUUAAAGCUUGACAAAUUGCCAGAGGAGUUGGGCCAUAUAGAGUGUUUGGUAGAGAUUGAUGCGAGUGGAACUCCUAUACGAGAACUACCUUGGUCAAUUGGCAUGCUUGAAGGACUUGUUUCUAUGUCCUUGAGAGAUUGUAAACAUCUUGUGUGUCUUCCAAGCAGUGUAGGUGGCUUAAAAUCUCUCGAAGAUCUCAAUCUUUCUGGCUGCUCAAAGCUUGAUAAAUUGCCAGAUGAGUUGGGUCUUGUUGCCUGUUUGGAGAAGUUUGAUGUGAGUGGAAGUGGCAUAAAAGAAGUGCCAUCCUCUAUUGGUCUUUUGAAAAACCUCAAAAAAUUAUCUCUUGCUAGAUGUAAAGGAGAGUCACCUCAAUCAUGGAACAUGAUGUUGAAUCCUUUUCAGUUAUUGCGAAAAAGAAGUCACACUUCGGCAGGAUUGUCGUUGGCCAAUUUGUCUGGUUUGCAUUCAUUAACCAAACUGGAUCUAAGUGACUGCAAUCUUUCUGAAGAAGCAAUCCCCAGUGAUUUUGGAUGCUUGUCCUUGUUAAGAGAAUUAGAUUUGAGCAAAAAUCAAUUUGUUAGACUACCUGAGAGCAUCGGCCAACUCUCUAGACUUGAUUAUCUCCACUUGGAUUGGUGCUGCAAGCUUCAGACAUUGCCAGAUCUUCGAACUGGUUUAUGGGUAAACAUCAGCAACUGCAUUUCAUUAGACACAUUGCCCAAUCAAAUAGGAAAAUUGAAGUGUGUUAACUGUUUGAAAAUGGUGGAGGAUGAAAGCUGUAAGAGUACAGCACUUUCAUUGCUAACACGCUACCUGAAGUUUCAACAUUGGACUUCUUCCGGAUUUACCCGUAAUUUUCACUUUGUUGCUCCUGGAGAUGAAAUUCCAGAGUGGUACAAUCACCAAAAUGUGGGGUCCUUGAUAACUGUAGAGCUGCAUCCAGGCUGGUUUACCAACAAGUGGUUGGGAUUCACCUUCUCUGUCGUUUUUAGACCACUCCCGCCUUCGGGUGAUUGGUCCGUUGCAUGCUUCUUGACAGCCAAUGGAAAAUCCGUGGCUCGCUUUGCUCUAUCUUAUGGGGAAAAGUGGGGUCGACCUGUGUUGGAUCACAUUUGGUUCUUCUGUUGGCACCGUGAUAAUCCCGAUAAUUAUUAUUACGUUGGGGGUCAGCUUAAUGAGUGGCAAGAUAGCUACUAUCGGCUUGAAUUCUCAUUUAAAUUGGAGGGGGACUGCUGUAGAGCAUGUGAUGGGAAAAUUAUGCUAGCGAAGAAGUGCGGGGUCCGUAUGAUAUAUGAGGAAGAUGUGGAAGAGCUUUGGCAAACAUUAUUGAAGCAGAGCAAUCCCAAGCGAGGCCGUCAACUCUAUGAUGAUGAUGCAGCAUCUAGUAGUACUGCAACUGGUGCAAGUCUGGAAGAAGAAGAAGAAGAACCGCAUCCAAAAAGAUUUAAACGACUGGAGCUUGACGGUGCAGGACCUAGUGACCAGAAAAAUGAUUAAUGCAAUUUUUUGUUUCUGAAAAUGUCUUCUUGUCUUCGAAUGAACACAUGCUUGUUGAUCCCCUCCUAUUUUUUAUUUGAUUAAUUAUGCCUA